AGAGGAAGAGGAGGGAAAAUGCCUUUCUCUGUGAUCUCAUGAAUAUAUUAUGAGGGUUAUUGUGCAAUGAGGAAGGUAUUUGAGCUACCGGGUUAUUUCCUGCCCCCCCUACUCUAAUGUAAGCUGAGUCAGUUAGCCACUGUUCAUAGGUGGCAAUACAUUACAAAAACAGCUGAAUACUAUUUAUUAUUUAUAGUCUACUUACUCCUCAACAGUCCGGGGGUGUGAAAACAAAAAAAUAAAUAUAUUAUUAACACGCUCGACGACGCGGUUAUCGAGCAGCCGUGUCUUGCUAUAGCCGGGGACUGCGACACUAGCUUAGCUUAGCUUAGCUUAGCUAUCCGUGUGUGUGUGUGCUAACCGUUUACGAUCGAGCAGCAGCGGCUCUUCGUCGUUGUAGCAGCUGGAGUCGGGCAAAACAAGGGAUCCUCUUGAGGACAGUGGGGGCUCUCGAAUGAUCCCCCCGUUCAUCCGAUGAACCCCCUCAACUCCAUGAAACCUUCCCUGCCUCCCAAUCCGCAAAGCAGCGACGGCCCCUUCCUGAAUGACCCAGUCUCCUGGCAACCAGGAACCAAUCAGCACCCAGGAUCUCUCUCUGUAGUAACCACAGUGUGGGGCGUGACCAAUCCCACACACAGCCAGGUGUUUGGUUCUCCCAUGGGUCCGGGUGAGAGCUCCGGUGGUCACAUGAUGCCCGGCGGUAGCCCCGGUAUGAGCUCCCAGUUCAUGGGUCAGCAGUCGUACGGAGACGUGUCUAAAGGCUACGGCCAGCCGGUCAUGUACGGACGUCCCAGCGCCGCCUACAACCCGGCCUCGGCCUACGGGGGGAGGUACGCCGCCUCUUCUGCUUACCCAAAUUACUCCGGUAACGGUGGCGGUGCCGGUAUGGGGGUGCGUCCUCCCUCAGACUUCACUCAGGCUGCUGCCGCCGCCGUCGCCGCAGCCGCCGCCACAGCAACCGCCACCGCUACGGCAACCGUUGCAGCAAUACAAGAGAAACAGAACCAGGAGCUGAACUAUGGCCAGAUGGGUGGAGCAUCCUCUUACAGCACCCAGUUCCUGUCUCAUGCGGGCCCACGUGGUCCUCCUGGGAUGGUCUCCUCCAGGCCCGGACCUCCACCCUCCAGCGGAGGCCUGUAUCCGACCCACCCGGCCCAGGCUCAGAAGAUGCCCCAGCACGGAGGUUACCCUGGUCCACAGCAGGGGCUCAAACGGCCUUUUCACUCCGAGGGUUUCCUGGUGCAGCAGUACGGCUCUGGUGGGAUGUCGGGGUACCCCACCCAGCCUCUUCAGUACCCCUCUGGUCCUCAGCAGCGAUGUGCCCCCUCACCCUCCUACCCCUCCAGUCGGAUGCCUCUCAUGGGGCAGUACAGCUCUGGAUCACAGAACCCGGGGCAGUUCCCCCCCGGAGCCGGACAGCCCAACCCUCCUCAGUACUACAAGUCGGAGCCGUUUAACGGUCAGGGCAGCCUUCCGUCUGGAGGAGCAGGAGGAUACAACGCCUUCACACAGGCUGCAGUCAAUGGGCCAGGUCGGGGGGGAGUGAUGCCCGGAUAUCCCAGCUCGCCGAUGGGAGGGAAUCCCACGCCGCCGAUGACGCCCGGGACAUCCAUACCUCCGUACCUGUCCCCGGGCCAGGACACGAAACCCCCCUACCUUCCACAGGACACCAAACCCAACAUCAACGCCCAGCAGGUCUCUACAGGAAACCCGAGCGACGACCUGCGGCUGACGUUCCCGGUGCGAGACGGCGUGGUGCUGGAGCCCUUCAGACUGGAGCACAACCUGGCCGUCAGUAACCACGCCUUCCAGCUCCGGGACUCCGUCUACAAAACACUCAUGUUGAGGCCUGAUCUGGAGCUGCAGUUUAAGUGUUACCACCACGAGGACCGACAGAUGAACACUAACUGGCCUGCCUCCGUUCAAGUGAGCGUCAACGCGACUCCUCUGUGCAUCGAAAGAGGCGACAACAAAACCUCCCACAAGCCCCUGUACCUGAAGCCGGUGUGUCAGCCGGGACGCAACACCGUGCAGAUCACAGUAACCGCCUGCUGCUGUUCCCACCUGUUUGUGUUGCAGCUGGUCCACCGGCCGUCCGUCCGGUCCGUCCUGCAGGGUCUGAUGAAGAAGAGACUCCUGCCGGCCGAGCACUGCAUCACCAAGAUAAAGAGAAACUUCAGCAGUGGGACGAUCCCCGGGACUCCAGGUCUGAACGGAGAGGACGGCGUCGAGCAGACAGCGAUCAAAGUUUCCCUCAAAUGUCCGAUCACGUUCAGACGGAUCCAGCUGCCGGCCAGAGGGCACGACUGCAGACACAUACAGUGUUUCGACCUGGAGUCCUACCUGCAGCUUAAUUGCGAAAGAGGAACCUGGAGAUGUCCUGUGUGCAAUAAAACGGCGCUGCUAGAAGGGCUGGAGGUGGACCAGUACAUGCUCGGGAUUCUCGUCUACAUCCAGAAUUCUGACUACGAGGAGAUCACCAUAGACCCGGUGUGCGGCUGGAGGCCGGUGCCCGUCAAACCGGACCUGCACAUAAAGGAGGAGCCCGACGGUCCGGUGCUGAAGCGCUGCCGGACCGUCAGCCCGAGUCACAUGGUUCUGCCCAACGUGAUGGAGAUGAUCGCCGCUCUGGGUCCGGCCUCGUCCCCCUACCACAGUCUGAGCGGGGGGGGCCGGAACACGCCCGACUACAACCGGCCAGGGAGCCAGGGAUUCUCCAGCCAAUCGGGAUUCACGGACUUCCCCAACACCCCCGGCACCCCGACGCUGGGAGAGUACUCGUCCUCCGGACCUCCGCUCCCCUAUCAGCCCGAGCAGACGUCUCACUCUGGACGAAUCGAACACGCCCACAGCAUCCUGCAGCAGCACGGCUCGGGCGUCCACGGUAAUCAGGGCCUCGGCGACGCCGGCAGUCCGCUGCCGCAGCGGAACGUCGGUACCCAGAAUGCCCGGCUGCAGAGCGAGGGCCCCUUCGUUCUGGGAGGCCCCGGAGGGGAGGGCGCCGAUCACGCACUAGAUCUUCUUCCUGAACUGACGAACCCGGACGAGCUGCUUUCGUACCUCGGCCCCCCCGACCUCCCCAACAACAGCAGCGACGACCUGCUGUCUCUGUUCGAGAACAACUGACCGCCUCCAUCUUCCAGCCUCCGCUUCGCCGUAGCCCCGCCCUCAUUGGUUGAAGACGACGCCCACUUCCUGUGUGUGUGUGUAUAAAUGCGUGUGUGUGUGUCAGUCUAUCUUUUAAAGCGUCCUGCUGUACUUUGAGCUUCAUCCCGUGCAGCAGGAUGCAGAACACUCUGCAGACCAGCAUUUCUAAACUAUAGCACAAACCAGCGGCUGAAGGAUGUGAACGCGCAGUAUUUAAGUUCUAGACGGCCGUGGUGGAGGUGGAGGGUAACGGAAGCCGUUUGUGUGGAUGUCAAUGGAACGUUAAUUCAACAGUGGUUCCCAAACUCCCUUUUUUACUGCACACGCACAUUCCUGGUAGAUCGCCAUCUUUCUGCCGUUUACCUCAAAUAUUCAAUCAUCAACAUUGUGUUAAAGUUGCCAGAGAUGUAAAGUCCUUUCUUGUAAUAUUUUACCCCCCCUGCCCCGCCCCCUCCUGAUGCAACCUCCCAGUUUGGGAACCACUGCAUUAAAAGUAAAAGCUCGUGAUAUUCUUUUAUUCUUCUAUAUUAAUAUUAAUCCCAUGAAAAGACCAAAGACUCUCAUUUCUCUGAUUGUGCCUCCUCGACUUCGUUCCUCGCCUCCUCUCCUCGCGUCUAAACGCCUUUACAAAUUAAAAGCACGUAAAUAUGCAAGGUAUUCUCCUUUGAAUAUUAUAUAUCUAGGGCUUUUAUUGUGAAAGGUCUGCGCUUCCCUUCGCGGUUGAAAGGAGUAAUAAAAUAUUCACGUUCUUUCUGAAAGAACGACAAAAACAACAGUUUAAAAAAUAUCUAUUGAAAUGUAAUUAAUCGCUUAAAAAAACAAAGAAAGUGUAAAAGCCUUUAAGAUGAGAGUGGAGGAGGCAAGGAGGGAGGAGUCAAGGGAACAGACAUUUAACAAACUGAUACUGCGGAGCUCAAGUUGAUUAAAGCCGUCGGUUCUUAUUUAUUCAUCUCUAAAAGAAACCAGUGAUCAGUGAUCUCCUGAAGCAGCUGAUCUCUAGCUUUGUUGGGGACUAUUUUCAGCGGCGGAUGAAUCCACAUGUGGUGCUCUAGUGAGUGUUUGUGUGGUUGAGUCAGAAUAAACUACAGUGAUGAUGAAGAUGAUGAAGGGACAGCAUUGGUAGAGUUUGGAUCUUUUCGUGGGAUUAACAGAAACAGAAUAUCACCAGAUGAAGACGUUGAUGUGAGAUAAGGGCAGCGAGUAAAAGAGAAAAGAUAAACAGAUGUACAAAAGUAUUUCUUUUUAAAACCCUGAGGUUUGGGAGCGCUGAGGUCCUUCAGCACUGUGAAUAUAUAAAGAACCGCUCCCGUCUCUCCGUCGGGUUCCUCUCCAGCAUCCUGUAAAUGAGAACCGCUGUGUCGUGGCUUUUUCUGCCAUCUGAAAGCUCUUGGUAUGUUUUUAAAAAGGUGUUCUGGACGUGUAUAACCCAUCCGCGCUUUGGGUUUGUGUACUGUGUAAUCGGCUGUUUUCAUUAGAGAACGUGUGUGUAUCAAAUGAAUUGUUAAUCAUGGUAAUUUUAAUGUUCUUUAGUUGGAUAAUGGAUCAUCGUUGGCACUGUAUACAUACUGUAUGUUAGAAGAAUUAUAAAGCGAUUGUAAAAAGGUCCCGCGGUGACGUGCAGACGUGCAGCGCCGCAGUUAACGAGGAAGACGUCUUCUUCAUACCACUUUCUAAAACGCUGACGUUUGUGUUUUUCUAUGAAUGAGUUCACCGUCGUGGUCCAACAAGAAAGAAGUGGAGCAACACAAUAAUGUUAUUAUAUUUGGGAAAUUAUGAACUUAUUUAACUGCAAAUUUGCUAGAAAAAAGAAGGAAAACCAGUUUUUUAAUAUGUAAACUAUUCCACAUAUUUUGUAACACAUUGUAAUUGCCAUUAUUUUCUAUUUAUUUUUUAAUCAUAAUCGUCAUUGUACCUGCAGUUACCUUGUCCCUGAACCUCAGAAUUAAAUCACUUUAUCUGAA